UUUCGUUUCAUUUACGUUGCAUCACUUCUUAUAAACCAAUUGAUUGGUAGGUGAGGAUCGGUGGCAUUGGUAUCUGGCUUGCCACGUCUAACCACGGUUGGUGGGUGCUUUAGGUGGGUAAGGAGCUGCGGAUGGAGAAAAUUGGGAAACACAAAGCUGUACUGUUAAAGGAGGAGAGCUCCGAAUGCUGUAUGCAGGUAUAUAUUGGAUCAGAGAGACUCAAGAGGAGGGCCGGCGCUGCGAUCACCGAGCGUACGUUUCUGAAACGAAAGAGGAGAGGCAGGAGGAAUCAGAAUGGAAGUGAAGAUCAUAGAAACUAGAGAGGUAGUCCCGGUUCACCCACCGUUCGAUCAGGAUCACAUCCUCCCACUUUCCCACCUGGACAACGACCGUAACGUCCAUGUCAAUUUCCGGUACCUCCGCGCCUAUGUUAACAACCGUAGCACCGCCACUCCCACCACUGCUGCCGCCGCCGCCGCCGCCGAUCCUGUCCAAGUUAUCACCGAAGCCCUUUCGAAAGCCCUGGUCUACUUCUACCCAUACGCUGGCACUCUCCGCCGCCUACCCAACGACUCUCGGUUCUCCCUCUUCUGCUCCGCUGGGAAAGGAGUCCCCAUCAUCCGCGCCGCCGCCGACCGUACACUCACCUCCCUCAACUACUUGGACGAUCCAGCUGCGCCAUAUCUGGACCGGCUGGUACCAGACCCGAGCCAAGGCGAGGAUGUGGUCCACCCGUGCGUCCUACAGAUCACGGUCUUUGCGUGCGGUGGUUACUGUUUAGGUGCUUCCAUCCACCAUUCCAUGAGUGAUGGUUACGGUUCGUCUCUGUUCUUCAACGCCAUGGUGGAGUUCUCUCGAGGGGCGGCUCAGCCGUCGGUCCAGCCUGUCUGGGACCGGGCGAGCCUGCUGGCCCCACGAAAACCACCCCAUGUGGAAGUUCCGUUUCACGAGUUCCUCCGGUUGGAUAAGGAGUUUUCCCCUUAUCGUCAAGAGACCGGGCCGGUAGCUCGGGAGUGUUUCGCCAUUAAAGACGAUAGCUUGGAGAGUUUUAAGGCAGAACUGCGAAACCUGUCUGGAUCCAGCUUCACCACGUUCGAAGCUUUGGGUGCUUUUAUAUGGCGGGCCAGGGUUAAGGCCUCAAAUUUUGCAGUUGAUGAGAAGGUCAAGUUUGCAUACUUGAUUAAUAUAAGGAAAUUGAUGAAGCCGGCACUACCGGUUGGGUACUAUGGGAAUGGUUGUGUUGCCAUGUACGUGCCACUGAGUGCCAAAGAGCUUGUGGAGCAACCAAUUUGGAAGACGGCAGAGCUGAUCAAGAAGAGCAAAUCAAAUGCCACAGAUGAGUAUGUUCGAUCCUUCAUCGAUUUUCAAGAGCUACAUUACUCCGACGGGAUCACGGCGGGGAAGGGAGUGAGUGGGUUCACAGAUUGGAGGCACCUUGGUCAUUCUGCAGUUGAUUUUGGUUGGGGUGGUCCUGUCACUGUGCUUCCACUCUCCAGGAACUUACUUGGCAGCGUUGAGCCUUGCUUCUUCUUGCCUUAUUCUUCUGCUAAUGAGGGAAUGAAGGAUGGGUUCAAGGUUCUGAUUUCUUUGCCACAAACUGAUAUGCCUACUUUCAGGGAAGAAAUGGACAAGUUUAGCAACAUCAAGUUGAGUACUCUCUAGUGCCAAGAACAUUUUGAAGAGUUCUUGAUUCCCAGGGAUUUCCUUUCUUGCACCUUUGUUAUUGAAAUGAGGUUUUCUAGGUAGAAUUAUUAAUGAAAGGACAUUACCAUGUUUUUUUAUGAAAUUAUAAUAGGGAAAAGGUUCUUUUGAGUAA